AUGUGGUACACCUGUCAAUCCGUGGCUGGACGCUCACAGGAGUGUAUUCGCACAGCUGAUGCUGGACGCAUGGUCAGAGGCUCGGAAAACAGCGCCCCUGCCAGUCCGCUCGUCCAUAGCGACCACGCCCUGCAGGAGUGCAGCCCGCCAAACAUGUGCAGCGACCUGCGGACGCAUGUGAUGAGACAGGCACGCAUAGAGGUUACAGCCGCAUAUGCCCUGAACCAUCUCGAACUGCGAGUCCUCAAACCGAGUGAGCUGCUCCAGGAUUUUGUCUACCUGCGCCAGGAUCCUAGGAAUCCCGCGUCGCCCCGGUUCCUAAACAGUGCAAUUGCGGCCAUCAUAGCGCGAGCGUUCUACAACAAUGGAAAAUGGGGUAUCGGUGCCAUGGCAGGGAACCAGGAUAAGUUUCAGUUCCUAAGCGCUAACAUGAUGGCGCUUGUGGGCACAGUGUUAUAUAAUGCUAUCAAAGAGUACCACGACGACGGAACGAGGAAGACAAUCCAUUUCCACGGUCAUACCGUAGAGGAUAAUUAUAACGCCAUCCGCGAGAAGUGGAAAAGGCUGAGCGAGAUACGCCGUCUCCUCAUUUGGGACGCUUUAAAACAACAAAUAGCCAUACACGCGAACCACAUUGAAAACUCUGGAUCUAACGUUACCGUGCCAGACGACCAUCACGACAACGACGUUGAUGACAUUCUUAUGAAAUGGAAACGAGAAGACAACAUCCUUACUGAAGAGACUAGAGUGCGACUGCGCGAAUCAUCGGGGGAAAUACACGAUAUAUUGCUCAGAGAGUUUCGUGGAGCUGACGACUUUACGGAAAGUGUGACACACAACGACGACGAGCAAGUAUGGUUUCAGAAUAAAGGGAAAGGUUGGAGCAUUGUGACGGACAGCACGUGGGACGAGUUUGCUAUGUUAGCAGAGGAAUACACGAUAGACAAUCGCAUUGUACACGCCCUAGCGCUGACGAAAGACGAAUGGGAAUUAGAGCCAGAAGACUGCGACGCUCUGGUGGAAAGAUACGAAGAAGAGAUAAACUGCUCCGACCUGUACAGUACUGUGUAA